UCCACAUCACAUCCCAAAGACAAAUAUACUCCUACUAAAAAAUUGGAAGGAAAGAACGCAUCGUUAGAAAAUUUCCAGUCCUGCCCCUCCCCGGCGCCGGCGACGACCGCCGCAGCCGCCACCUCCCCCAGGAGCGCCGGCGUUGCCCGUCCGCACCCGGCGGCGGCGGAGGCAGCGAUGGCGAGGCAGGAGGCGGCGGGGGCGGCCACGGGGGUGGACUUCCACCUGCCUGACGAGAUCCUGGCCGUGAUCCCCACCGACCCGUACGAGCAGCUGGACGUCGCGCGCAAGAUCACCUCCAUGGCCAUCGCGUCCCGCGUCUCCCGCCUCGAGGCCGACGUCGCGCGCCUCCGCAGGGACCUCGCCGACCGCGACCGCGGCGAGGCCGACCUCCGCGCCCGCCUCGCCGACUCCGACGCCCGCCUCCUCGCCGCGCUCGACGAGAACGCGAAGCUGGUGAAGGAGAGGGACACGCUCGCCCUGACGGCCAAGAAGCUGUCGAGGAACUUGGCAAAGUUAGAGGCAUUUAAGAAGCAGUUGAUGAAAUCUCUGAGUGAAGAUAAUUUACUGCAAUUGUCAGAAACAGGUGAAGAUCGUGAUGUAGAUGCAGAAAAUAGUGGGACCGCUCGGAGUCCUUCCUGGAAAGAUGAAGUUUCAAGCAGUCACACCUCUUCAAAUACUUCCAGCAGAUCUACAAUCACCGAAUCAGCCCAAGGAUACCAGUUCUCAAUCACACCAUAUGUAGCCCCCCAAAUAACUCCUGGUUCAACACCAAUUAUUUCAUCCUCUAGUGGUUCCCCACUAGCAUAUUCAACUGGUCCAUCCACUCCGAAGUUCUAUUCUGGUCCAACAUCGCCUACAAGAUCACGUUCUGAAGACCAAUCGGCAUUUUCAUCAUGGAAUGGAUCAAGUCAUCAGUAUUCAGCCCCUGUCUCUCCUCAACGCCGCUCAUUUACAGGGCGACCUCGUAUAGAUGGAAAGGAAUUCUUCCGACAAGCACGGACACGACUAUCUUAUGAGCAAUUUGGAGCAUUCUUGGCAAAUAUUAAGGAAUUUAAUGCACAGAAACAAUCGCGAGAGGACACCUUGUCAAAAGCAGAGGAGAUUUUUGGAACAGAGCACAAAGACUUAUACAUUUCUUUCCAGAAUAUGCUUAACCGCAACCAAUCGUGAACCUGUCAUAGGCUGCCGUAUUUCUUCUUUUGAACAAGCUGGUUUAGUUCAUCGGCAUGUCUCUUCCGUCUAAACGACGGUACCAUUCUGCUGGGGUAAUAAUUCCUAUGCCAGGUCAUCUGUUUCCAAGAGAGCGUGUAUCGUUGGAGUUCUCGAUGAUCACAAGAUCAUAUUCUUAGAAAUCUGUGCAUAGGCCAUUGUAGUUUUGGUGCGGCCAUCCUCAAUAACAUGAUGUAAAUGGGUAUGGUCAUGCAUGCAUUUCAACAAGGAAAAGUUUCUUUUCU